AUGAGAAUGACACUGGCAGCAAUGAAAGCAACAAUGCUAGUGAUGAAAAUAAUACAUCUGAUGGGGGAAAAGCAUAACAGUUUGAGGAUACUCCUGGGGAUAUACCUGAUGAUGCAACUAAAAGUGAUAUUCCAACUCCAGAGGAAAAGAAUAAAGAGACAGGAAACUGCAGAAGAAAACAAAAAAGAAAAUACAGAAGAGAAAUCUGAAGAAGAAAACAAAGAUGAGCCUAAGUCUGAAGAUGAAUCCAAGGGUGAGAAGGACAAUAAAGAAGAUAAGAAAGAAAAUGGCGAGUUGAAGGCUGAUGAUAACAAUUCUGAAGAGGAGGAAAAAACUGAAAGCAAGUCUGGUGGAAAUUUGUAUGGUACUGUUGGUGAAAUCUUAGAUGAGAAGACAGAUGUGUUAGACGUGGCGCUGGAUGAUAUCACGCGCUUUAUUUAG